UGCUCGUGUUACUUGAUUUUCAGGAAAUUUCCUGUUUGCUGCAUUUCAUAAUAGAGUUGUCAAGUCUGGAAUAAUUUGGUGAAGAAGAAGAUUUAAUUACAUCAGUGCUCUGAAAUAGUAUUCAGAGUAACAUUGAAGGUCUUUUGAAGUCACUAAAAAUCUGAUUAUUGGUAUUAAUAAUGGCUGACAUAGGAGAUGGACCACAUUUGGGAGAAGAUUUGRCAGAUGCAAAAUCUAUUCCAGGUUUUAAAGGAAAGAACCUACCUGCUAGCAAAUCUAUGGACUCUGGAAUUUUGCCAGACUACAGUUACAGAAUGGAUUAUCCAGAGAUGGGGGAAUGCAUAAUAAUAAACAAUAAGAACUUCCAGAGACACACUGGGAUGCUACCCCGUUCCGGUACAGAUGCAGAUGCUGCAAGUGUCAGAGAAGUUUUUAUGAAGUUGGGAUAUAAAAUAAAGAUCAACAAUGAUCUUUCAUAUGGGGACAUUUAUAAACUACUGAAAAAGGUUUCUGAAGAUGAUCACAGCAAGCGAAGCAGUUUUGUUUGCGUGUUGCUAAGCCAUGGCGACGAAGGGUUGAUCUAUGGUACAGAUGGGCCUCUUGAACUGAAAGCAAUAACAAGCCUUUUCAGAGGUGACAGGUGCAGGAGUUUAGCUGGAAAACCCAAGCUCUUUUUCAUUCAGGCUUGUAGAGGGACAGAAUUAGAUUCUGGUAUUGAGGCAGACAGUGGAUCAGAAGAAACUAUGUGUCAGAAAAUACCUGUAGAAGCAGACUUCCUCUAUGCCUAUUCUACAGCACCAGGCUAUUACUCCUGGAGGAAUUCAGCUGAAGGCUCUUGGUUUAUUCAGUCAUUGUGUAAAGUGCUGAAGGAACAUGCAGGGAAACUUGAACUCAUGCAGAUUUUAACUCGUGUAAAUCGCAGAGUGGCAGAGUAUGAGUCCUGCUCAACUCGACAAGAUUUUAAUGCGAAGAAACAGAUUCCAUGUAUUGUCUCUAUGCUCACCAAAGAAUUUUAUUUCCCUUCCUAAAACAAUUUUUCAGUUCAUGUUUUUAUCUGCAUUUUAUAUGCAAUAUUAGUACAAAAUACCACUUUUAAAUCUGAAUAACACUUCACUUCUGUGUGUGGCACAAUGGGCUGUCUCAAAGUUAGGUAUAUGUCUGUUGUUAGAAGUAAAACAUAGUAUGGCUGUGUUAGAAAUGCAAACAUGAGUAGCUGAAGCAGAUUUGAAGUAUUGCAAAAGGUUAGGAAGGGGAGACUGAAGAAAGAUCGGAUCAUUUCUCGGAGCUAUUUGGUGCAACAUUUCACUUUGCUGAAGGGGCAGAGAAAAGAAACAGUUCUAACAAAUAGUUUGGUUUCACAUCUUACAAAGAAGAUUCAUAAUGUCAGUUAUGGUAAUAUGAUAGUAGUGUCGUCAUGCAUUUCUUAACUCAAGUUCUUAACGUUUUGGUUAUAAAUUAACCUAAACUAUUUUUAUGCUUUUGGGCAUAAACUGUGGAAAACAGCCAUUACAUACUUUUGCGUACAAUUAGGAGGCAUGUUUAGAGUACAGUCAGUUUUUCCUGAUAAUUAGCGAUAAUUUUAUAACUUUGUGUAUGGAAUGCUACAUAAAGCAAUUAUAUCAACAUGGUAGCUAUUUCAAAAUAAAUUUUGUAUUCUGACGUUGAAGCUGAGUGUCCAAGGGACCAGUCUUCCAAAAUGUCUUUCUGCAGCUCUCUAUGCGUGGAGCUGUUGGGGCGUAUUUGGGACUAUAAGAACCAGUGAAAAAGAAAGUCUCGAACACUCUGUUUUCCUCAUUUUUGCCUUAAAUAAGAGUGGGUACCACAUGUGCAUACCACAUGCAAUUUGUGUGAAAACCUAGAUUUGGGGUACUGGCAAAAAUUCACUUCAUAUGUCUAAUUCCACUGAUUUAAUUACAAACUUCAGCUAAAAUAUGUUAGYAAAUAAUAAAUUUUUCUCUCUUGAUUCUGAAUUUUUUGAAACAGACUUUUACAUAAUUGCAAAGUAUUUUUGCUGAUGUUUCAUUUUGUAGCAGUCUUUUUAAGAUCAGUGGAAGACAUAAUGUGAAGUUWCUAUAGGGUGCUUGCAAAACAAGACUUGAAACUUUUUUAAUUGUAUUGCAAAAACAAUGUUGGCAAAUUGAUGUUCACUUUCAGAGGCAUUUGGUGCUUGUUUUGUUUAAUUAAAAAUUGUUUCCUAGAU